AUGGUCAAAUUCUACUCCUCCACCGAUACCUACUCGUAUCCCUUCCCCGCCGUAACCCUCGCCUACUUCCUCCGCUACCCGAACCCCUACUCCACGCACGUGCUCUCCACCGACACCAUCGCCCGCGACUUCGACCCCGAAACGCAGCGCCUCACGACCAUCCGUCUGCAUCUCAAACGGUCUAAGCUGCCUUCCGCCGUCACGAAGCUGCUUCCGCGCUCCCUGCUCGGCGCCUCAGCAUCCGGCGACACUCAGACGUACAUCCUCGAGAAGUCGGUUGUAGAUGUCAAGGAAGGCUGGAUGGACACCGAGUCACGCAACCUAGAGUGGACGGGCGUCCUCUCCGUCAUCGAGCGACAAGUCUUCCGGCGGCCCAUGCCGGAAGUCCCCGACGAAGUCAAGCUCUUCCAGGGCAUGGAGGGCGCCGCACGCCGCCACGGCUUCCUCAACUUCGGCGGCAACGGCGCCGGCGCAAAGGUCGGUGUCGAUCUCAACGGCGAGACGACCGAGGUGGAAAGCUCCGUGACGCUGCACUCACACGUGGGCGAAGCAUGGAGGAAGAAGCGGCUUGCUGCUCAGGAGGGCUCUUCUUCUUCGUCUGAGGAAGAACAGCCGCAGAAAGUAGGGUUCCUGAGGAGUUGGGGCACGGCAACACUGCAGCGGAAUAUCGAGAAGAUUGGACUGACGAGGACGUUGAGGAGUCAGCCGAAUGCGAGGGAGGGCAUGAAGGUUGUGCUGGAGCGGAUGCGCGAGGGAGGCCUUGUUGGCGUGCUGGAGGGCAUGCGGAAGGAUCGGGAGGCCAUUUUACAAGGUCGCGAUCUGCUGAAGAGGGAUGGCACGCCACGCGCAGGCGAGGACUAG